GACGUCACGACGCACAUGGUCGCGCGGUGGAAGAGGAAGGGGGAGGCGGUUCCGGAGUGCCCGGAUGUGUGGGCCGUUGCUGAUUGGCUGCCGGGGAAGGGCCGGGCCGGCGGCGGGCAGAACCCGGAAGCGCUGAGGGGAGGCGGUGGCGGCGGCUCCGCAGCCUCCAGCAGCCCCGUGGCAGCUUUGAUGUGUGUCACCAUGUCUGGCCAGGCCCAGAUCAGCCUCCCCCCUGAGGAAAGAGUCCGGAGGCUGAUCCAGGUGGGAAGUGCUGUGGAAGUGAACGAGGAGAUCCCACCGCGCCGCUACUACCGCUCAGGGGUGGAGAUCCUGCGCAUGGCCACCAUCUACUCCGAGGAGGGCAACCUGGAGCAUGCCUUCAUCCUCUACAACAAAUACAUCACACUCUUCAUUGAGAAGCUGCCCCACCACCGGGAUUACAAAACCGCUGUCAUUCCCGAGAAGAAGGAGACAGUCAAAAAACUGAAAGAAGUUGCCUUUCCCCGAGCUGAAGAGCUGAAGGCAGAGCUGCUGAGGAGGUACUCCAAGGACUAUGCUAAGUACCAGGAGCAGAAGAAGGAGCAAGAGGAGGAAUUUGCCCGCAGUUUGGCAUUGCAGCAGCAGCUGGAAGAGGAGAGAAGUCGGGUAGCCUUGAUGAAGCAGCAGCAGGCAGAGCAAGAGCAGUUUCAGGCCUUUGAGAAGAUGAUUCGACAGCAGGAGCUGGAGAAGGAACGGCUGAGGAUAGUGCAGGAAUUUGGAAAGCCAGAACCCAGUCCUGAGUCUCUGGAUGGACCCCUCAUCCCUGGUGUGGAAAACCCCCCGACUAAUUUAACCCCAAAGACCUCUCCUGUUCACCCUGCAACCCCAUCAGCGGGGACUGGCUCAUCCAAACCUCCUGUUGUGGACAGAUCUUUGAAGCCCAGUGCUUUGGGGAGCACAGAAAACAAUGCCAGUGUGGAUGCCCUUCGCCAGGUCAUUGUCCCCAGGGAGCUCUGCCAGAAAUUCCUCCAGUUGGCUGAUGCCAACACAGUGCGGGGUGUGGAGACAUGUGGGAUCCUCUGUGGAAAGCUGAUGCAGAAUGAGUUCACCAUCACCCAUGUCAUCAUUCCCAAGCAGUAUGGAGGCCCUGAUUAUUGCAACACGGAGAAUGAGGAGGAGCUCUUUGUCAUCCAGGAUCAGCACAGCCUGGUUACCCUGGGAUGGAUCCACACUCACCCCACACAGACAGCCUUCCUCUCUAGUGUUGACCUGCACACACACUGCUCCUACCAGAUGAUGUUGCCAGAGUCCAUUGCCAUUGUGUGUUCUCCCAAAUACCAGGAGACAGGGUUCUUCAAACUGACAGAGCAUGGCCUGGAGGAGAUCUCAUCCUGCCGACAGAAAGGAUUCCACCCCCACCCCAAAGAACCUCCUCUCUUUACAACCUGCAAUCAUGUGUCAGUAGUAGAGAGAGACGUGGUCCUGAUGGAUCUCCGAUAGGCCUCUGGCCUCAACUGUUUACCAAAACCCAGCCAUCUUCCUUCUGGAUCUUCUGGACCUUGGGAAAUGUGGUUUUUUGUUUUGUUUUGUUUUUUUUCCUCCUCUUGUAGCAGAUGAUUUCUACCACGUAGUGAUCCUUCCAUUUCCUCCCCCAGUAAUCAUGGUGAAACCGGUACCUUGACCACAGUUGGGAGCAGAUGAAACCUCAGUGCCUGGCAAAGGGGGUGCUGAGGUCCAAGGUGUGGGGGAAAAACUUAACUGGAAAUGCACAGAUGGAAACUUUAACACUGAAGCAAUUGUUUCAAACUCUAAUCUAUAGCUCCAGCAGCUUCUUGGGGACUGCGGGGUGGGUGGGUGUUUCCCUGUUAACUGCUGCAACCUUGAGGUGUGGAAGCCUCUUAAAGCACUUUUCCAAAGUGGGACUUGCCCCAAUUAAUUCAUGCUUUGUUUUGUCUCUCACUGGGUUGCUCUGGUCUCAGCAGAGUGGCUGGACUCAUUGUUUUUGCUAGAGGUUAAUAUUAAACCUUCCUAACCCACUCUCACCCCAAGCCAGAGCUUCUUGCUGCUGAGCUGGAGCAAAUCCUCUGUGCCUGGUGAGGUAAGAAGGGGCCUUUUCUCCUUUGGGAACCCCAAAUUCCAGCAUUUCAGGUGCCUGGAUAUGGCACAGCUUUGCACAAACCUUUGUUCUGGCAAUGGUGAGGGGUGUUUGGUGAUUUUAUUUCCUUUUCCUGGAUGGAGUAUUUGCUCCAGCCCCUGGGCUGCCCUGGGAGGACUCAGGUUCAGCUCCUUGCUGGUGUUACCACAGAGGAGGCUCUCAGUCUUCUAGACUUCACCACUGUCAUGUGAAAGCUCUUCAAGGUCAUCUCCUCUCUGGGAUGGGACUCCAGCAGCUUGGGCCACCUUGAAACUCCAAGAUCACCACCCCUGAUGGCUCCUCAAAGCCCAGCGUGGAGCAGAGGGCACCAGCCAGGAUGAGGAGCUGAUGCCCAGAUCCCUGCUUCGUUCCUAUCCUGUCCCAGUGACCAAUAAACCCUCCUGGAGAAUAUUUUAUGAUACCUCUCAGCCUGGCCCUGCAUGAGGGCUGUGUUC